CCAGUCGAAAGCCUGUUGGAUUUGGGGGCUGUUUCGCCGAUGUUCCUUACGUUAGGACUACUGGGGUCUCGCCCAGUUAAUAGAAUAUCACUGAUGACCCACUGUGCGUCUGAGCCCCCUGAGCUCUUGCCCAUGCUUAUUAGAACUGCUAACAUUUUGGCCACUUUGCUCUCCAGGACCCCACGAUGACCCUCAAUAAUGUCACCAUGCGCCAGGGCCCGGUGGCUGUGCCGCCGCAGCAGCGCUGGAGCAUCCCGGCGGACUUCAGGCACCUCGUGGUGCAGAGGGAGCCCCCCCAGCGCAGCCAGCGCAGCCGGCACCCCGCUCCCCCCGAGGAGCCCUGCCGCCGCAGUUGGUCCUCUGACUCCACGGACUCAGUCAUCUCCUCGGAGUCGGGGAACCCCUCCUACCGGGUGGUGCUCAUAGGGGAGCAGGGGGUGGGCAAGUCCACUCUGGCCAACAUCUUUGCGGGCGUGCAUGACAGCGUGGACAGCGACUGCGAGGUGCUGGGAGAAGACACCUAUGAGCGAACGCUGCUUGUUGAUGGGGAAACUGCAACUAUUAUACUCCUGGACAUGUGGGAAAAUAAGGGGGGGAAUGAGUGGCUCCAGGACCACUGCAUGCAAGUCGGGGAUGCCUACCUGAUCGUCUACUCCAUCACAGACCGAGCCAGCUUUGAGAAGGCAUCUGAGCUGCGAAUCCAGCUCCGCAGGGCCCGGCAGACGGAGGACAUUCCUAUAAUUUUGGUUGGCAACAAGAGUGACCUGGUGCGGUGCCGGGAAGUAUCUAUCUCAGAGGGGCGCGCGUGCGCCGUGGUCUUCGACUGCAAGUUCAUCGAGACGUCGGCCGCCGUGCAGCACAACGUGAAGGAGCUGUUCGAGGGCGCCGUGCGGCAGGUGCGCCUCCGGCGGGACAGCAGAGAGAAGAACGACAGGCGGCUGGCCUACCAGAAGAAGAGGGAGAGCAUCCCCCGGAAGGCCAGGCGCUUCUGGGGCAAGAUCGUGGCCAAGAACAACAAGAACAUGGCCUUCAAGCUCAAGUCCAAAUCCUGCCAUGACCUCUCUGUGCUCUAGGCACCCGGGGUCACCCAGAUGCCCCCCGGUGGGCAUCGCUGAAGGCCACUGGGACCGAUAAUCUAUAUUAGAUUGACUCCUUAAAUACUGUUAGACGCGGCUUCCCCUUCUGCGGCUGGGAAUUCAUGUGUUAGCCUUAUGGGCAACUAAAUGCUUGGGCAGUGAGAGAUCUUCGCAAAGGGUCAGUAUUUACUUGCAGGAAAAGCCUGACCUUGUCCUUGAACACCCGAGACUCACUAGAGGAUGUGUGUGGUGUUCACAUGAGUGUCCUCUUUCCUUUGGAGAGUAGAGAAUCGAAGCCUUAAAAGAAUGCCUAGAAAAAGAACUUUGCAUUAUUAAAAUUUCCCCCAGUGUUCUGAUAUGGGAAUUUGAGGCCAGUGGGUCAUAACCAAAUAUAAGGACCAGUGAAAGGGUUUAUUCAAAGGAAGAAGUACCUUGUAUUCAUGGAGGUAGACUGUGGAAUUGAGCUCAUCGUGACUAUCACUGCUCCAUCAAGCUGUGAAAGGAAACGAUGGACCUGGCUGGAAAUUAAAGCUUGCAAAUAGUUUUUGUUCAGUGCCCACAGCUGGGGAUCCAGAAAUUUGUAGAAUGUGGGAACUGACUCAUGUACCACGGUGGGUUUCAAAAAUUGUAUCUCUACUUCUGUGUCUUAUAAUUUUGUAUUCAGGGGAACUUAUUUUAAUCAAAUUCAACUUAGUCAAAUCACUUUUUAUGUUUCAUUAUUUUUACAAUCAUAGGGCCAUCCUAAAAAUAUUUUGAAAAUCUGAAUUAUUGAUAAGCUGCAGUGCAAAAUGCCACAUUUUGAAAUAUAAUCAAAGGUCUGAAUUUUUAUAAAAUACAAAACAUAAACACUUCCAGUACUUUGAGUUGACCCUCGUAUGCCACAGCUCUGCUCUAUUUAUUGUUAUUUUGCAAAAUAAUAACCAUUUUAACAUUUGAUAAAGCAUAUUUAUGACAUGUUUCUUAAUAAGAAAAAUGUCCAUUUUAUUAUCAUUUUCUAUCUUUUUUAGAAUAUGCAAGUCUUUACCUAUAUGUCUUAUAAUAAAAUAAAUAAAAUCUUUGGAAAAAAGGAA